UACCACAGUUAAGGAACAUUUUGUUGUAUCUGAAAAUCCAAAAAAUGAAUACAAACACAUCGAAGUCGGUAAUAGUGAACAAAUUCGGUGGUUAUGAUGUUUUACAGGUCGGAGACUUCGAGUUACCGCCGUUGGACGGCAAGAUUGAAGUAAAAGUUGAAUAUGGGGGUUUAAAUUUUGCCGAUUUAUAUACCAGACAAGGCCUGAUGUUGGAUAGGAAGUUACCAUUUGUGCUUGGAAUGGAAUGUUCCGGCAUCGUAACUGCUAUCGGCGUUGAUAAAUCAGAAUUUCAGGUGGGUCAAAAAGUUUUAUGUUACGACUACAAAGGCGGAAUGUACCGUGAAACUGUAAGAGUCGAUCCGAAACAUUGUUUUCCUGUACCUGACCACGUGAAUUCCGAAACCGCAGCUUCGAUUUUCGUUAAUUAUCUCACUGCGUAUUUCGCAGUUUACGAAUUAGGCAACCUUAGGAAGAAUCAACGGGUUUUAAUAAUGUCAUGCGCAGGCGGAGUGGGCGUGGCCGCGACUCAACUAGCCAAAUUAUUGGAAGGGGUUGAGAUCUAUGGCACUGGUUCAGAUUUCAAAGAUGCAAACGCCAAAGCUAAUGGAGUUGAUGUAUUUAUUACACACGAGAAUUUUAAGGAAGAAAUAAAGAAGCAUCAGUUUGAUUUAAUUUUGGCCACAAAUUCCGGUCCAAUUUUGGAGUUUUAUCAAACUUUACUGAAACCCUUAGGCAGGCUUGUGAUUUUGGGAGCUAAUAAUAUAAUACAAAACGAAAAUAAAUUGUCAAUGAUGACGUUGUUGAAAUUAUGGUGGACCACUAAAAAUAUUUCUCCCGAAUCAUUAGUUAUGUACAACAGAGUUGUAGCUGGACUUCAUUUAGGCACGCUGAUGGAAAAUAAUUUAGGAAAGAUUAGAGAGACUUUGAAUCAUAUAUUUGAAUUGCUGAAGAAGGGAAAAAUCAAACCUGUUGUGGAUUCAAUCUGGAGAUUUAAUGAAAUUGUCCAGGCUACAAAAGUAUUGGCAGAAAGAAAAAAUAUUGGAAAAGUAUUACUCAAAUUUGGAGAUGAAAAUCAAAAAUAAGUUUGCGUCAUUUAAGCCUAAUAUUCUUGACUUGAAAAUUCCAUUAAAAUUUAUUUUAAAACAUAACUUACUGUAAAAAUAUCCUGGUACAAAUAUACAAA